AUGUAUCUGCUCGUGCGAGAGGCAGAAAGCGAGAAGAUCAUCUCGAGUCCAAGGGAAUACCAAACUGAAUUGUUCGAGAGAGCCAAGCAGAAAAAUAUCAUUGCUGUCCUCGAUACCGGAACCGGGAAGACGCUCAUCGCCGCCCUUCUCAUUCGUCACACACUCGACCAGGAGCUAGAGGACAGAAGUGUUGGAAAACCGCCACGGGUUUCUUUCUUUUUGGUCGAUAAAGUUGCAUUGGUUCAUCAGCAGUACGAAGUUCUCAAAGCUAAUCUUGAUCAUCCCGUCCAGCGAUUCCACGGAAAUCUUGGUGGCUUUACCCUCACCCGCGAUUUCUGGGAGCAAAGGACUGCAGAUAGCAUGGUGAUCGUCUGCACUGCGGAGAUUCUACUCUCGUGUCUUCACCAUUCGUUUGUCAAAAUGGAGAACAUCAACCUUCUAAUAUUUGACGAGGCCCACCAUACAAAAAAGAACCAUCCAUAUGCAAGAAUAAUCAAGGAUUUCUAUGCUUCGUUGGAAAUAGGAGAAAAAAGACGGCCUCGGAUUCUGGGAAUGACUGCAUCACCUGUUGAUGCUAAAACGGAUGUUACAUCCGCUGCCGCGAAGUUGGAGGGUCUCCUGCACAGUGAGAUAGCUACAGUGGCUGACCUCUCGGUCUAUACGAAGUCAUCUAUCAACCGACCAACUGAAGAUUUUAUCAAAUAUGCUAAACCACCGGAGCCCUUCGAAACUCUACUUUGGCAGAAACUACACAAAUUGGUUGGGCAUAACGAUGUCUUUAGAAGACUGUUCUCCUAUUCAAGAAGCUGCACUGCAGAAUUGGGUCGCUGGUGCGCAGAUCGUGUUUGGAAAGUCUGUUUCACUGAGCAGGAAGCUCAGAAACUGGAGGCAAAGACCGAGAAGAACUUUACGUCUGGAAAAGUGCAGCUUCCGAUAACCGCCCUCGACGCAGAAAGAUCAGCUGUCAAGGAGGCCUAUCAGAUAGUGGCAGACUAUUUGAUGCCUAAACCCGACCGCAACUCUUUCCAUCUAUCCCAUAAAGUCGAAGCGCUCAUUGAGGCACUCCAGGUACAUUUAGAUCCGAAAGAGGAUAAGUGUAUCGUAUUCAUCGAACAGCGCCUCACUGCAAUGUUACUGACAGACCUUUUCAAGCAGCCGAGUAUAAACAUGCCCGAUAUCAAAGCUGGGAUGCUGCUAGGUGCAAGUAAUGACUCGGGCGAGGCGGGGAUGACACUGAAAGACCAAUUCGUGACGAUGCACCGAUUUCGAAAUGGUGAUAUCAAUUGCCUAUUUUCCACGAGUGUUGGUGAAGAAGGCAUCGAUAUCCCCGACUGCAAUAUCAUCAUCCGAUUUGAUCUUUGCAAGACGAUGAUCCAAUAUAUCCAAUCAAGAGGUCGAGCACGGCGCAAGGACUCGAAGUUCUUUCAUAUGGUGGAAUUCACUAAUCAAGGUCAGGUACAAACUAUUUUUGACAAUGAGGAUAGCGAGGUUAGACUUCGCAGGUUUUAUAAUACGUUGUCCGAAGAUCGAAUUCUUACCGGUAAUGAUUAUAAGAUAGACUUUUUCCUCUCCCAAGAGAAAAGCCUCCGCACCUACAUUGUGCCUUCAACUCGCGCGAAGUUGACCUACAAAAUUAGUCUCACAAUUCUGGCCAAUUUCGUCUCAACCUUACCACGCCCAUUGGACACCAUAUACACCCCGGAUUAUAUCAUAAGGAACGUUGGUCGUGAAUUCGAAUGCGAAGUUCUUCUACCAGAUACUUCUCCGAUUAAAAGUGCAGUCGGACGUCGUGCAACGUCCAAACAAGUUGCCAAGUGCGCGGCAGCAUUUGAAAUGUGCCUGCAACUAAAGAAAAAGAAGUACCUCGACGAUUAUCUACAAUCAACUUUUACUAAGAAGCUCCCGAGCAUGCGCAACGCUCAUCUGGCUAUCAGUUCAAAGAAACGGGCUGAGUAUCCUAUGCGCACGAAGCCCGAAAUGUGGCAUAAUCGAGGCAUACCAGAGAGGCUAUUUAUAACAGUGUUAAGGAUGACUUCUCCAGAAGCCUUAGGAAGGUCUUCAAGACCUCUCGCUAUCCUCACGAGAUGCCCACUCCCGCAAAUAGCCAAAUUUCCACUAUUCUUCGAUCAUCAGCGUACCUCGGACAUAGAAUGCGUGCCCCUAAUUGGGGCAUUAGAGGUAACACCCGAAGAUAUUGAGCAGAUGAAUCAUUUUACGCUCAAAAUAUUCGAUGAAAUAUUCAGUAAGGAAUACCGGUCGGCACCGGAAAAGAUGCCGUAUUUUCUUGCGCCACUUGUGCACCCUCACAACUACGAUUUUACUAAUAGUACCGAUGAUACCCGCGCUAUGGUCGAUUGGGGAUGUCUCACCAUGCUCCAAACUACAGCAAGAUAUCUCGACUUAAAGAACAAGCCUGACGACUUUUUUGAGAACCGGUUUGUCAUCGAUCCACAUGAUGGUUCACGCAAGUUUUACACGAUUCGCCGCCGCCCCGAUCUCAAGCCAACUGAUCCAGCGGCCUUGCGAGUGCCCAGGAAACAAGGCGGCGGAAAGGGUAUGCGGGGGGAGCCUGGAGAUAUUUGGAAUUUUAGUAUCAGCUUAUGGUCUAGGACGCGAUCUAAGCUGGUACUUCAUCCCGACUUGCCUGUAGUAGAGGCUGAGUAUAUUCCGCUUCGACGAAAUCUCCUUGACGAACUUGACAAACCUGAAGAUGUAGAACGAAAGUGUUUCCUCAUCUUCGAAACCUUGAAGAUGUCCCCGUUACCGAUUGAUAUCAUUGCCAUGGCUUACAAUUUACCUGCAAUAAUCUACCGAGUUGAAACGAGCCUUAUAGUGCUAGAAGCAUGCCAAUCUCUAUCUCUCAACAUUCGCCCCGACCUUGCUCUCGAGGCAAUGACUAAGGAUAGCGACAACACCGAAGAACACUCUGAAGAGCAGGUAAAUAUUCAGCGAGGUAUGGGAAAGAAUUACGAACGUCUUGAAUUUCUCGGGGAUUCAUUCUUGAAGAUGAGUACCACAAUUGCCUUGUUUUCCCAAAUUCCUGAUAGCAACGAAUUCCAAUACCACGUUGACCGCAUGCUGCUUAUUUGCAACAAGAACCUCUUCAAUAACGCGCUCGACUUAAAACUCGAGGAGUCGGUUCGGUCAAAAGGGUUCAAUCGACGAAUAUGGUAUCCGGACGGACUAGAACUACUUAGAGGCAAGCAGAACAAUAGUAUCUUGGGGAGAAAGGGUAGUGGCAGAGGAGUUCACACGCUUGCAGACAAGUCAAUUGCUGACGUUUGCGAGGCACUCAUCGGAGCAUGCUACCUUACGACUUAUGGACAGGGCAGUUUUGACUUGGCUAUCCAAGCCGUGACUAAAUUCGUCAACCAUCCAAACCAUAAGAUGAUGGUUUACGAAGAUUAUUACAAGGCAUAUCAAAUCCCCGAGUGGCAGAGCGCUGAAGCUACGGCAGUUCAACGAGAAGUUGCUAGGCAAAUUGACGAGAAGCUUGGUUACAAAUUCACCUACCCUCGUCUACUGCGCAGCGCAUUUAUGCAUCCGUCCUAUGGUACCAUUUAUGAGCGAAUCCCUAAUUACCAACGAUUAGAGUUUCUUGGAGACUCACUGCUCGAUAUGGUCUGUGUCGACUUUUUAUUCCAUCGGUAUACAGGCGCCGAUCCCCAGUGGCUAACCGAGCACAAAAUGGCUAUGGUUUCGAAUCAAUUUCUAGGCUGUCUCUGCGUUUCCCUUGGCUUGCAGACGCACAUGCUCUCAAUGACUGGUGGCUUGCAGAAAGAAAUUGCUGAAUACGUGGCUGCAAUAACAGAGGCACGCAAAAAAGCAGAGGAGGAAGCUGAAUCGGCUAACCUCGGCCGCGCGUCAUACGCUCGGAACUUCUGGGUAGAGGUCCAGCGACCGCCCAAAGCGCUCCCCGACAUCGUCGAGGCGUACAUCGGCGCGCUGUUCGUUGAUAGCGCAUAUGACUAUGACCAAGUCCAGCGUUUCUUCGACACGCACAUGCGCCCCUACUUCGAGGACAUGCACAUUUACGACACAUUUGCUAACCGGCACCCAGUCACGUUUUUAGCGAAUAUGUUGCAGCUACAUUUCCACUGUGCCGACUGGCGCCUCAUGAUCCAGGAAAUCGCCGUCGAGGGCGCACCCCUCGGCCACGCGCAGGUCCUCUGCGGCAUCAUGAUCCACGGCCAAGUCCGCGAGCACGCUACCGCCGCCAGCGGUAGGUACGCCAAGAUUGCGGCUGCGAAGAAGAUUAUGAAUAAGCUGCAGGUCAUGGAUGUUGGGGAGUACAAACAGACAUUCGGAUGCGGGUGCUCGCCUGAGGAUGCGCAGAGCGCGGAUCCAUUGGCUCAUGCUACUGCGGUCUGA